AUGGCACAUACUUGUAAUAUUUGCAAAAAAGAGUUCAAAACUUCACAAGGAUAUGGAAAUCAUAUAAAGUCAUUAGCGCACAAGCUUUGUAUUUUGAAGCAAGAAAAAAGUAAUGAUAAUAAAAAUUUGAAUUCAAAUUUAUUAUAUGAUCUUUCAAGUAAUGAAGAUAUUAAAAUUCUUAAUUCAGAUUUAUCAUAUAAUUCUUCAAAUAAUGAAGAAUUAAUUAGCGAUAUUAAUGAAAAUAAUUAUAUGGAUGAGGAUAAUUAUAUGGAUGAGAAUAAUUCUAAUUAUAUAGAUGAAAAUGAUUAUAAUUAUGAGUUAGAUUCAUUUUCUGCCGAACCAAGAUUAUUAAAUAAUGCAUAUAUAGAUUUUAUGAAUGUGAUAGAUAAAUAUAAUGUUAGCAAUAGAGCAGGAGAUGCUUUUCUUAAAGUAUUUAAGAAAUAUUCAUUAUGGAAUCCAAAUCCUUUAUCAAAAUCAACUAAUGCUGCUCGAAAUUAUCUUAAAUCAAUUAAUAUGCCUACUUUAUAG